UACUUUAUGUACUUCGAAAUUAGUUUUCCAGAAAAACAACUUCAAGCUUGAAUCGGCAAAAACCUACGGCUCAUGAAGUAGUUUCAGUGGGACACGGUGCUUGAAGUUACUUGUAUCUUACAGAGUUGUCAGCUUUUGUUGGUGCAUGAUGAUACCCUCAAGGCAUUCAAACUUCGUUGUCUCCCGUCGCAAGUUUGGGAUAGUAUUUUUAUCUACAUUUUUGCUUCUGGUACUAUGUUGUUUUUACACUGACGACUUGUUCCAAGUUAAUAAACAACAAAGAACGGGAGGAGUUUUUCUAAGACGUCCUCGUACUGCUGGAGAGUUUUUACGACGUCAGUUUGGUGAACCUCAUAGCGUGGUGAACGAAGAGUUGGUAUACUCUGUUGGUGGCGUAAUUGUUCGUUGCAGCGACAAAGUUUUAGAAGAAUCGAAUUUGAAACUGGGUUCCAGAGUGUUGGAAAGGCUUGCUCGGGGAUGGAGAGGUUUACUUGUACCUUCUAAACCUAAUGAAAUUGUUACUGCACCCCUCUCGAGGGCCACACAGAAUCUAAAAGUUCGACGUGACAUAAGAACACUCUCAAAAGAAGAAAAGAAAGAACUGCGUGAUGCUUUUUUGAAAUUGAAAAAUGAAGGAAACCCACUUACUGGUGUUACUUAUGACACAUUUAACCGUUUACACGAUGCUGACGAUAUGAUGUUAUAUGGACAUAUGGCACCCUCAUUUCUUCCAUGGCAUCGCUACUUUGUUUAUCUGAUGGAAGUACAACUCCAAAACUUGACUGGAAAUCCUAACCUGACUAUACCUUAUUGGGACUUUAUUGAAGACUCAGGACUCACCAGUGUCUUUCGUCCAGACUUUUUGGGUGGUAAUGGAAUCGGCAAUUCUUCAACACCUGCUGCUAAAGUUGCGGAGGCACAUGGAGUUGCGGAUAUCAAUAGUCCUGUAUUAGAUGGCCCUUUUGCCUAUCAUAAGGGUCAAUGGAAUUGUUCGGAAGGUCCACUUGUUCCUUUUCUGAGACGAGAUUUUGGUUAUACUGAAUUCUCACCAAGCUUACCAGACAAGUCGCAACUCCGGCAGUGUAUGAAUUUGAAGAUAUAUGACGUAUUUCCAUUUGACUCACAUUCAGACAAGAAUAUUUCUUUUCGAGCGUGCGUGGAAGGAUGGGCUUCUGCAUAUGGAGAACCAGAUUUCUUACAUAAUCGAGUACACGCAUAUAUUGGGGGCAAUAUGAGAGAGAUUCGGUCAUCAAGUACAGACCCUGUAUUUUAUUUAGUUCAUGCUAAUGUAGAUCGAAUUUUCGCUAGUUGGCAACGUAUCAAUGGAAUUGAUCAGUAUGAGCCAAAAUAUCGAAUCGACAGAGGUUAUAUGGCCCUCGAUGAAUAUUUGAGGUUGCUGAGUCCUCCACGAACAAUUCGCCAACUUUUAAAUUAUGAAGAUUUGGGUUAUACUUAUGAUCGCUUUAUUGAUUUGGAAUAAAGCAAAAAUAUUUCUGCUCCAUUUAAUUUCUUGUC